AUGCGCAUAAAGGUAACUAAUUAAUUUUCUUUUUUGAAAAUGAUGAUAACUUUGAAGGCAUCGGUUAUUAUUUUUGCUUUUUGUAUCCAAACAACGAGCGCAGGUAAGUUUUGCGAAAUUUUUAUUUAUCAGAGUCACGUGUUCAGGAUUUUGUAACGAGCCGAAUGAAGAAUUCUACGAUUGCACAGGCUCGGACACAUGCGAACCCACCUGCUUUGGCAUUCCAGUUAGUUCUUUCAAAUAAAUUUCAAGCUUUCAAAAAAAAAACUUUCGUCGAAUUGAAAAAAAAGUUUCGUCGCCAUGUCUCCAUGGAGAUUAUAAAUUUCGAAAAUUAUGUAUAUAUUCGAUACAAGUCUGAAGUGAGCCAAAUUUUCAAAAAUGAAGGGCAAAUUGGACUUGAUAGGUUUAAAGUUAUGGAAUUCAAAUGCAUGAAAUCAGACAUGAAUACAACUUUUGUUAACCACGCCAGCAAAAAAAUGGGCCAGGCUUUUUCUGAAAAACUUGCGAGGUGAUAAACGAACUUCAAUUUUUUAUAUUUUGUUAAAGCUUCAAGACUUGAGCCGUUUAAAGAACUUCAAACUCAUUUUAGUUACCGGGUAGCUACUUGUAUCCACCUCCUCUCGAUCGGCCUUUGUUGUCUACGGACACAAAAUUUGUUUUAAAAGAAGCAUCCUUAAAGAAAAAAUGCAUGAAAAAAAAAAAGAAAAGGAAGAGUUGAUUUUGAGGACACAUGCAACAAAGAGUGCAGAGUUUGCGCGUGCAAGAGCGGCUACAUCAGACACUACGGGAUCUGUAUCAACAUUUCCGACUGUCCGACGCCGCGGUCGAAAAGGGAGGUCUGUCCUCCGAACGAGAGCUUCGACGCAUGUGGAACCAGAUGUCCCGAAACUUGUGCUAAACAAGGCCCGAGGGUCCGAGUCUUUCUGCAGACAUUGAUGAAACAAAGAAGUUCAGACCUGCGUCAAGGUUUGCCACGCCGCCUGCUUUUGCAACGACGGUUACAUCCGAGAAUUCGAAGGCGGCAGGUGCAUUCCCCGAAAAUCUUGUACCUAGGGAUCAAAAACUGUUCGAUUCACUCCAUCUGCUCAUUUCUUUUGAUUUAUUUGCUCGCUUACCGUAGUUUGGUUCAAUUUUCGCUGAAUUAAUGUGAGAAAAAGAAAAAAAUAAGCUUCUGAAAAAUGAAUUCUUCCAAUCGUGAAAAUGAUACGUGUUUUUUUAUUGAAAAAAAUCGCUCCUUUUUUUUCAGUGUUUCGUUUUAUUGAUAGGAAAAAUCAAACGAAAGCUGUUUAAAAAAAUUUGUAAAUAAAGCUCAAUUUUAUUGAAAAAAAGCAAUUUUUUUAUUGCAAGAAUCGGCCGGAAAAAUCAAAAGUUCUGCCUGAAGAACCUGCUGAAAGAUUAAAAAAACAUUCUGAAAAAGUUUAAAAAAACUAUUAGAACAAAUUUCUGAUCGUUUAACUAACUAUGAAAAAUAUCAAUAUUUGAUUCAUAUUUAAGCGAAACAUUUAAAAAAGUGGUUUUCUGCGUAAUUAAACACAUUUUGAGAACGUUAUAAUUAAAUCGCUCAGGUCUCUAUUUGAUCUGAUGAGAUUCUCAUUAUUGCCAUGAAUUGAUAGAAAAGUUAUCAUCCAGUCAGAUUUCUCCGAGACGGGAAUAUGUUUCUAAAUGUUUUUUUCUAGCCCUAUGAUGUCAUCACGAACCGGGGAAACUUUUCCAUUUUUGACAACCUUGAACUGGGCGCGAUUUGUUUUGUUCUUUCGCAGAGAGACAGAGUGUUCUCGCGGAAAGUCAAGCACCAGGCUUUCGCCGAACUCAUCCAUUUGUUUUUCAACUCUUCGUGAGUCACAGCAGUUAUUAUUUUUUGUUAUUUGUGUAAUCUGGUUCGAAAGGGCUGAGAAGCGCCACAAAGUUCAAACGAAAACAAAUACCGACCAAAAGUCGAAAGUUGUCGCUCUUUUCAUUCCCUGAGAUCAAUUUCAUAUAAUUUUUUUCUUACCUGCAAAUUUGAAACGCUUAGUUAUUUUAAGAACCGAGUUUUCUGAAUUGUCGCUUUCAUCGAGCACUACAUUACAAUGAACAAAAACUGUUCAAAUAGAAGUCAUUUUCUUCGAUGUUUACAUUUGAAUUUCAAUUCCGUUCAAAAUUAAUAAAUUGCAAUCCUAAUAUGAACAACAUUGGUUCAGUUUUCCCGUCUCCAUGAUUUUUGAAUUUUAUUUCUCUCAGGGUGUUUCCUGAGAAUAAAUUAAAAUUUAUGGCCAUUUCUUCCCUUUUCUCUGCUGUAAACUUUGACACGCCCUCUUCAAAGCUUUUAAAAACAGACCCUUGUCUUCAUAUCCUGCCAAAAAGCUUCGACGAACACUUUCGAGGAUGUUCAACAUGAUGUCCAAAGUGAGCUUACAUUCGAACUCUACGUUAUUUCGAUUGUUCCGCUUUCAGAUAACCAUUGUCAUAUUUUUCUCGUGUUUGCCAGCCAGCUUCUGCCUUUCAGGUAUAUCCUCUUUUUUUGCAGAACUUUUUAGUCAAUCUCAAAAUUUUCAUUGUUCAUGAAAGUUAAACGAUUUCAUUCAAAAAUAUAAUCAGACUCCUCGGAGUCCUUGAAGAUGAAGUUAUCGAAAGCAUAAUUUCCAGUGUAAUUUUUGGCCUGCGUUCAACAUUUUGGCGAGGAUUUUUGAACAAACUAUGAUGUAAAUCAAUUGUACGAUUCAAAUUUUUUGAGCCAAAACUAUUCCAUUGUAAAUAAAUAAAGUUAUUUUGGAAAAAUAAAAUGAAGAGAAGACAAAAACUUCAUUUCCAGUACCUGAACAGCCUCCGAAUCGUACAGAAGUUCCGCUACCAGGACCCUGCGAGCGGUUCUCAUGCAGGAAAGGCACUGUGUGAGGCUCAAAUCCUUCUUUCAGACCCAAUUUCCUUUUUUCUAGUUGCAUCCUCAAAAAAAAGUACGACGAUUGCUCAAAAAACUGCGAGCUGAUAACUGCAUGCGUUCCACCAACCCAAAAGCGUUCGUCUUUUCCUACUUAUAUUUUUCUGAUAAACUCUAUUCCAGCAAAAACUUGCGGUCAGAAUGAGGACCUCAAAUCCUGCGGCUCGGCCUGCGAACCGACGUGUAAUCAAACUCGAGUGAGUUCUAGAAAAUCGAAAACCCGAGAGUAAAACUUUCCAGUAUUCUUGCACGCUUCUAUGCAUCGUAAACGUCUGCCAAUGCAAGAGCGGUUUCGUCAGAAGCCACGGAAAAUGUAUUCCUAAGGCCGAAUGUCCCAAGAUCGUCAAACGUGAGACAUGUGGUCCUAACGAGACCUUCAACACCUGUGGAACAAAGUGUCCCUCAACCUGCGACCAUAAAGGCCCACGGGUACAUUGAUGGGAGAAAAAAGAAAUAAAAAUAAACUGGAUUCAGCCCUGUAUCAAGAUGUGCAACCCUGCCUGUGAAUGCAACGAGGGCUACAUCCGAGAAUUCGAAGGCGGAAAAUGCAUUCCUCGCAGAUCAUGUCCCCGGAAAAGUACGCGUCGUCUUCUAGUACUUGACCUUCACCCCGAAAAUUCUUUUCCAGACGUGGGUAGCUGCGCCCGCGUGAAAUGCUCCCCGGGAGAUCAAUGUGUUGAUGGAAAAUGUUACUCAGGUGAUAUUAUCAGCGUAGGAUCUUCGAAAACUCUGAUUUCUGAAGGUCCGUCGUGUUUGACGGCCAAGUGCAGUGCCGGCUUCGAGUGCCAAAUGGUCGAUGUUGUGUGUAUCCGAGCUCCUUGUCUCAAAGUUCCCACAUGCGUCCCGUCCCCCCGAAAAUGA